GCGUAAGAGCUUUUCUCUUCCUUACAUUUUUCGCAACUAUAACUAUGGGGGCAUAUAAUGUAGUAAACUACGGGGCGAGGCCCGACGGUCGGACCGACUCGGCGAAAGCUUUCCUUGGUGCAUGGGCUGAUGCUUGCGGGUCCAGCAAGCCCGCGACGAUAUACGUCCCUGCGGGGAGCUUCUUCGUCAGCCAAGCACUCUUUCAAGGGCCCUGCAAAAAUUUCGAUAUCAAGAUCGACAUUGAUGGGACCAUUGUUGCCUCCUCGGACUAUCGCGGAGGGGUGUUGGUUUGGUUGACGUUUAAAUACGUCGAUGGCUUGUCCAUCUUCGGUGGGACUCUCGACGGCCAAGGCCAGGCUUUCUGGGCUUGCAAGACGGCUGGAGGGAACUGUCCAUCAGGAACCACCUCACUCAGCAUAGGUAUGUCAAAGAACGUUCUUAUUAGCGGCCUGACGACGACGAACAGCAAGGGCUUCCACAUAUCCAUUUUUGGGAGUAACGGCGUGACAGUGCAAGGCGCGAAGAUCAUUGCGCCCGGUAACAGCCCCAACACAGACGGCAUCCAUAUCCAAAUGUCGAGCGGCGUGACCGUCACGAGUAGCAGCAUAAAGACGGGCGACGACUGCAUCUCGAUCGGUGAGGGGACGAGCAAUGUGUGGAUUGAGAAGAUCGGCUGCGGUCCCGGUCACGGCAUUAGCAUUGGAAGCUUGGGGGGGACGCCGUUGGGAGCCGGCGUGCAGAACAUCACGGUGAAGUCGGUCGUCUUCACGGGGACGCAGAACGGGCUCAGGAUCAAGACAUGGGGGAAAGCGUACAGCGGAUUCGUGAAGGACGUAACGUUCGAGCACGCCGUCAUGCAGAAUGUCCAGAACCCGAUUGUUGUUGAUCAAAACUAUUGUCCUGGCGCCGUCAACUGUCCAGGCCAGAGCUCGGGGAUUAAGAUCAGCGGGCUGUCGUACACCGACAUCCAGGGAUCGUCGGCGACGCAGUUGGCGGUGAAGUUCGACUGCAGCCCGAGCAACCCGUGCGGCGGGAUCAAGUUGCAGGACAUCAGGCUCACGUAUCAGAACCAGCAGGCGCAGUCCUACUGCAAGAAUGCGGACGGGAGCGCAUCUGGAUUUGUUAUUCCUCCGAGUUGCCUCUGA